AUGCAUUUUCUUCAUAAAAUAUUCAUUGGAUUUCUCAUACUAUGGGAUACUGACUGUUACCCAUACCAUCAUCCGGGGUAUGGUUCACCUUACCAUCCUUCCUACGACCGAGGGUUUCGUUGGGAGUAUUCUUCAUCUUAUAGUAGAUAUCGAUGUUUCUCGGGUGAUUCAGUAGUACGCUUGUCGAAUGGAACGUAUAAACAAAUCGAUCGUCUUCGAUCCAGUGACGAAAUUCUGACAAGAGAACACUCGAAAGUCAUCACCACAGAAAUGAUAAUGAUGUUAGACAAGCACACUUCGGGAAAAGCGUUAUUUUAUACAUUAAUAACGGAUUCUGGCCAUCGGAUAAGUCUAACAGAACACCAUCUAAUUCCGAUUGUUGAUUCAAAUGGGAAUGACACAUAUUUAUUUGCUAAACAUGUACAAAUUGGAGAUCAACUCAUAGUUUUAAUCAAUGACACCUUGGACUAUUCUCCCGUGACGAACAUCACUGUAGAAAUGAAAAACCAAUAUUAUGCUCCAUUAACAAUGUGUGGUACUUUAUUUGUCAAUGAUAUAUUUGCUAGUUGUUUUGCAAAUGUUCGUGAUCAUCGUUUUGCUCAGUAUUCUAUGGCGCCAUUUCGUGCUUACUAUAAACUUGCCCGAUAUCUUUCGAUUGCUGAACCUUUUCAUGUUCGCCAAAGGGAAGGAAUACAUUGGACGGCUCGAAUGAUGUUAUAUUUUGCACGUUAUUUUCUGACCGAUGUACUUAUUCUAUGA